UCACUUAUUCGGUAAUGUAUUUUCAGUACACCAAAAAGGUGGACACGUUUUUCAAAGGGUUUAUGUAUACUUUCAAGCGUAUUGACUUUAGCAGUAAUCGGUUUGGUUGCUGGACUGAUUGUAGUCUCGAUUCAAAAGAAUAACGCAGAUUCAUCACGGAAUUCUGAGUUCUGUUUAACUCAGAACUGUAUUAAAGAAUCCGCCAACGUUUUGGACAUGAUGAACUUAACAGCAGACCCGUGUGACGAUUUCUAUGUAUUUGCGUGUGGCGGGUUCAACGCAACACUGAUGCCAGAUGACAAAACCGAACGUUCAACUUUCCAAGACAUUGAUGUGAAAACAACGGAACAACUUCGUGUAAUCGUUACGGAACCGAGUUCAGUUAACGAAAUACAGCCUUUCAAGGACGUAAAGGCUCUCUAUCAGGCAUGCAUGAAUGUAGACGCAACUGAAUCGCUUAACAUGGUUCAAUUCGAUGCUUUGAUAGUAGAAAUGGGAGGAUGGCCUGUUGUUCUUGGCUCAGUGUGGAAUGAAGCAGCGUGGACGUGGGAACAGUCCGUUUUCAGUUCAAGAACUUACGGCUAUUCCGUCGGUAACAUCUUAUCGUUCUCAGUAACUCUAGACAACAGACACUCCACAAGGAGAAUAAUUCGAAUUGAUCAAGCCAGUCUUGGUUUAAAUCGCAACUACCUUAUCGAGGGACUCGAAAACUUUUAUGUGGAGGCUUAUUACAAUUAUCAAAUCGAUCUAGCUGUGAUGUUUGGAGCAUCAAGAGCAGAUGCGGAAAGAGAAAUGAGAGAGGCUCUCGACUUUGAAAUCGAACUAGCUAAGAUCUCAUGGGACACGGUAGCGAGACGAAAUGAGACUGCAUUGUACAAUCCUAUGACUAUUGUUCAAUUAAAUGCUGCUUAUCCAACUAUCGACUGGCUGAGAUACUUGAACAAUGUUCUACGCUCCGAUACUCCGCUACAGAGUGAUUAUGUUAUCGUUGUGGGAGUAGUAUCGUUCUUUGAUGAGCUUGAAGCAUUGAUCGGGAGAACAAGCAAGAGAGCUUUAGCAAAUUACUCCAUCUGGAGAAUCGUUUUGGCAUCAAUCCCUUAUAUGCCUAGCAGGUUCCGAAGUCGCGAGCAAGAAUAUAGCAAAUUGACACUCGGUCGUAAAACCACUGACCCACGUUGGUUGGUAUGUGUCCGUCAAAUCACCAGUAGCUAUCAAAUUCAAAUCGGCGCCCUAUACGUUCGCAAACAUUUUACACAAGCCGACAAAGCCAAUGUUGCAGUCAUGUUUAAGCUCAUGAGAGAAGAAACCUUUGAAUAUCUUAAAGAAACUCGGUACAUGGAUGAAUCGACAAGGGCUGCAGCACUCGCAAAGCUUGAAAAAGUUACAGAACAAAUUGCAUUCGCUGACGAACUUUUAGACGACACAGCCGUUAGAAAUUAUCACAAUCAAUAUCCUGUAACUGUUGACCUAAAUGAAUUUUAUGCUACGGUGUUCAGACUUAACGUAGCUUCGACAAACCGCACUUUCUUUAACCUUCGCGUACCUGUUGUCUCAAACGAUUGGACCGCUUAUCUCGCUCCAACACUGGCAGAUGCUGGAUACAUAACUGCGGAGAAUCGCCUGAAAUUUCCAGCCGCUAUAUUGCAAGAAGUGUUUUUCAAUGCCAACCGACCACAGCAUAUGAAUUUUGGUUCUCUUGGAACAGUUCUUAGUCACGAGAUCUUUCACGCUUUCGAUGACAGAGGUAGCUUGUAUGAUGGUAACAGCAACCUAAAUGAUUGGAUGUCACCGGAAGUAAGAAAUCAAUAUUCAAAGAGAGCUGAAUGCAUCAUCAAUCAAUACAGUAGCUUCGUUGAACCUCAGACGGGACUUCAUCCUAAUGGAAAUGUUACCAUGGCUGAGAAUAUGGUUGAUAACAUUGGCAUCAAAAUUUCCUACAGAGCCUUCCAGCGUUGGGCAGCGAUCAAUACUGAAGCGAAAAUACCAGGCCUUGACGACUACUCACAUAAUCAAAUUUUCUGGAUUGCUGCGGCUCAUUGUUAUUGCGCGGCAUAUCGCACGGAGCACUUAGUAAAUCGACUACAGACGUACCCAUUUUCUGCAGGACAUUUUCGAGUCAUCGGACCAAGGAAAAAUUCUGAAGAUUUCGCACGCGACUUCCAAUGCGCUGCGGGUACUAAAAUGAACCCUGCCGAAAAGUGUCCCCUGGCAUGGUAAUUAG